AUGACAAUGGUUUCCCAAAUAGCCCUUCAAUCAAACUUUGGAUACUCCUUCCAAAUAUUUGUUCUUUGGAGGGUAAGCUCAGCAGUGGCACGACGAGAGCUCGUAUUCGGUCGACCGGAUAUUGCUCCAACCCGUGGUACCUGUGGUACCCGUUUCCGAGGCGUACCAUUUGACCGGUAUGCGCCGCGCGAAGCAAUUCGCACAGACAUCAAGCUCAUGACAAGCAACGAAACUGUUAUCGGCCGGGAGAUUAUUUCAGGCGAGGUUAGCGAGAAGCCGCUCACUAUCAACUCAACUGACGAUGAGGUUAAUGCUCGCAUCCGUGAGAAUGGAGCUGGCUGCUACCACCCCAGUGGUACUGCAUCGAUGGGCAAGGUCCCCUUCAACCUUGACACGACAGGGGUCUAUCCAAUGGAACAGGCGUGGUAA